GUGGCUUUUGUCCCCUCCACAAACUGUAUUAUUUGGCCACGUCACAAGGAUUUUUUUUCAUCGGAAUUGUGAUAUUUUUUUUUUUGUCUAAGUAGUUUUUGUCACAAGGUAUAUCUUAUCUACGUGAUUCAUACCUUUUCCCAAAUUCAGCAAUGGCUUCUUCUACUACCGCAGAACAACGCAUUUGUUUCUGUUUCGGUCUCUUCUUCCUCUUCCUUCACCUCUCAAUCUCAACCACCACAGACAACCCAGUUCCAGCGGCAUGGCCAGAACAGUUCCACUCAGUUCUAUUCAUAAACAGAAGCGGCAAUCUUCAAAAAACUGACUUAUGGUACGAUUGGCCAAAUGGACGCAACUUCAACAUCAUUCAGCAUCAGCUUGGUGUUCUCAAAUAUGACCUUGAAUGGAACAAUGGCACUUCCUUUUACUACACUCUAGACCCUUUUAACCACACUUGUAAAAUCCUUCAUUUUGAUGUGGGUAUUCUACGACCCAAUUGGCUUGAUGGUGCUAAUUAUUUAGGUCAACAAUAUGUUGAUAAUUUUCUAUGUAAUGUUUGGGAGAAAGUUGAUUUUAUUUGGUACUUUGAGGAUGUUAUCACUAAAAGACCUGUUAAGUGGAUCUUCUACUCCGGAAUGAUUUCUCAUGUGAUGACAUUUGAGGUUGGGGCAGUGCUGGAUGAUGCACAUUGGCAGGCUCCUGUCUAUUGUUUUAGUGAGGCUGAGCCUGAACCGCAGAUGCUCGCCAGAAAGAGCAGCUUUUUAUCAUUAGAUUUAGAACCUGCUGCUGUUCUUGGUGGUUUUCGUGGGACAUUAAUGAGUGACAUGAGAUAGACCGCCCAGCAAUAGCGUACGAUUUAUAAUUGUGAGGUCCAAAACAUUGACUACUUUUUGGAAUGGCUUUCUAUCGAUGUCUGCACAAACAUUUCUUUCUGCAAUAGAUGAUUGCAAAUAGAACCAACAUCAUAGUUAAAGUUUGCAUCAAUCUCAAGUUUCAAUUAGAUUUUUCUCCCUGAAAAACCCCUUUUAUAUAACCACAAUGUGUGAUUCUAUUAUUAUCAGAGGCAAUCUAGUAUCUUACUAGUAGUGACUUAUUAUAUAACCUUGAUCUUUAUGGAUUUAUAUAAUAGAAUAUCCAUCUUUUUUAAA